ACCCCAUAAGUGAUGUGAUCUAAUAUUUUCUUUCCAGCCAAACAGUGCUUUGUACAUAUUUGCAUUUUCUCGCUCGACGCUUCUUUAGCUCGCUGCGUUGAGAAAAGUUGGGAGUUCGUUUGAUCGAUAUCGCCAAUUGUCUUCAAUGUUCAACAACAAAAGUAUAUCGAUUUCUGUCUCGGAUGAAGACUCGGACGAACUCGGUAAGAUGAGGGCCCGAGUUCGAAGGAAGCGUCCGAAGUUCGGUCUCCGUCUCCGAGGCAAGCACGAGCUAGCUCGGCGACUGCUACGGAUGCUCGUGAAAUGGUGGGCGGUCUUGCUUUUUCUACUGGCGGUUGGAUUGCUCGUAUUCGAGGCGUCGAGAAUCGGUAGAAAACCUGGCCCUGUGAUGAACUCGGAGGUCGGCGUGACGAAGAAAUUUGGUUUUAUUACGGAGAAGAGAUUGGAUGGGGGAAAUUUAAAUCGACUGGAUCCAACGAGUCGCGUUGUUCGCGGCGUUAGGGAACGUUGCUUGAGGCUGCUACCUCCUGAAGAUCUUCAGCAUUUUGAUAUUCCUGCUGGUGAAGAACCCAGUAGUCAUGUUAAAAAUGUGGUAUAUUUAUCAGAAAAUGAUACGCUUUAUCUGAGAGAGUACAAUAGCCUGUCCCAAGAGCACGCAGAAACUGCAAGAUUUAAUUUAUUUACGGGAAACCAAACUCUUGAACAGAGAGAGAGAAGUUUCAAGGUGAAUGAAACUACUGUAGUACAUUGUGGUUUCUACAGUGAAAAUGGAGGAUUUAAGAUUUCGGAUAAGGAUAAGAAUUACAUGCAAACUUGCAAAGUGGUGGUAUCUACAUGUGCAUUUGGCGGUGGAGAUAAUCUUUAUCAGCCUAUUGGAAUGUUAAAGACAUCUCUUCAGAAGGUUUGCUAUGUAGCAUUUUGGGAUGAGAUCACUCUUGCAACUCAGGAAGCAGAGGGGCGUAGAAUUGGUGAGGACCAUUUUAUUGGCAAAUGGCACAUUGUUGUUGUUAGAGAUCUUCCUUUCACUGACCAACGACUGAAUGGUAAAAUCCCCAAGAUGUUGGGCCAUCGUUUAUUUCCACAUGCAAGGUAUUCUAUUUGGGUAGACUCAAAAUCCCAGUUCAGGAGAGAUCCUUUAAGUGUGAUAGAAGCCCUUCUUUGGCGUUCAAAAUCAGUACUUGCAAUUUCUGAACAUGGUGCUCGCAGUAAUGUGUAUGAUGAGGCAAACGCUGUUAUUAAGAAGAAUAAAGCUACCCCAGAAGAAGUUGAGGUGCAAUUGACUCAGUAUCGCCAUGAUGGUCUCCCUGCUGAGAAGAGAUUCAAUGGAAAGAAAGCUCUAGCUGAAGCUUCUGUCAUCGUGAGGGAGCAUACAACGUUAACAAACCUGUUCAUGUGCCUCUGGUUCAAUGAAGUGGUUCGUUUCACUUCUCGGGAUCAACUGAGCUUCCCCUAUGUUCUUUGGCGGCUGAAAGUACUCAAAAACAUCAAUAUGUUCCCUGUCUGUACUAGGAAGGAUCUUGUUAAUAGUAUGGGCCACAUACGAAAGGCAAAACCACUGAUAGGUUGACUGUCUGCUUCUGAUAUGCCUUCCCCUUCUGUGUUUUUUAUGGUCAGAGGUGGAUAGGCUGGAAUCUCUUCUUAAUUCAUUUGUAAUUAAAUCCUUUGUUGAAUCAGUUUAGUUCUGGUGGUAUUUUUUCCUUUUUGUCUUUUUUUUUUUGUUCGGUUAUGAGGAUUAUUUAUUGAUGGGAAGAGGAGGAAUUAUAUGGGUUGAGUUAUACCCUUUGCCAUUAACAAAA